ACUCAGAACCCAGAAACCAAGACAGUCCACUUCCGUUCACUACACACUUGCCUCCUCUUCCAUUUUCUACUGCCUCUACUUUGCCUAUGAAUUAUCCCCAAAAGUAGAAUUCUCUGUUUCGUUGUAUUGAAGUCCAAAAUGGUAUUUGCUGCAGCAUUAGCAGCACCAUUGACACCUCUAAUUCCUUCACAUAAAGUGUGGGCUUCUUCAGGCACAAUAAGGAAAAAUAGCAAGACCCAAAAGCAAAAACAAAGGCAAAAGUUAGAACAGAGUGCCAUUGGGAACGUAACUGAGGUGGUUAAAAAGGACGCGGAGUUUAUAAAGAGGGGAAUUGGCGAGGGGUUGCAAUGGGCUAACAAAGCCUUUGGCAUUCCGAAACUUACAAAGUCCCUUGAUAAUUUCAUUUGGCUUCGUCAUGUUGAGGACCCGCGGGCCUCUGUAACAGUUUCUGAUGCUCCUACCUGCCCUCAGCCUCACUAUCCAGCAGAACUAUCUGGCAUGGAUUUGUUUGUGGCUGAUAUUGAAGCGUUGGAGGCAUAUCUUAAUUAUUUCUACUGCAUAUCAAAGCGAUGGACCAAGCCACUUCCUGAAACGUAUGAUCCAGAACAAGUGUCGGAAUAUUUCAAUUUGAGACCCCAUGUGGUGGCUCUUCGUCUGCUCGAGGUAUUUGUUGCCUUCACUUCGGCUGCAAUCCAAAUUAGAAUAUCAGGACUUCUCCCCACUUCAAAUAAAGAUGUUGAGAAGGAAACUUCAAACUACAUUUUUGGGAAGGUUUUAAAGGAAACAAUGCUAAACCUUGGGCCUACUUUUAUCAAGAUUGGUCAGUCCCUCUCAACAAGGCCCGACAUAAUUGGUGCUGAUAUUUCAAAGGCACUGUCUGAGCUCCACGAUCGAAUUCCACCUUUCCCCAGGGAUGUGGCCAUGAAGAUCAUUGAGGAAGAUUUGGGUUCUCCUGUUACGACAUAUUUUAGCUACAUCUCUGAAGAACCUGUUGCUGCAGCUUCAUUUGGUCAGGUGUAUAAAGGGAGUACACUCGAUGGUUCAAGUGUGGCAGUGAAAGUUCAGCGACCAGACUUGCACCAUGUAGUAGUUCGGGAUGUAUAUAUUCUUCGUGUUGCGCUUGGACUCGUGCGGAAGAUAGCCCAAAGGAAAAAUGAUCUUCGUCUGUAUGCAGACGAGCUCGGAAAAGGGUUGGUUGGGGAGUUAGAUUACACCUCGGAAGCUGAAAAUGCUUUGGAGUUUAAGGAAGUUCAUUCUAGAUAUUCUUUCAUCCGUGUUCCAAAUGUUUAUCAAGGUCUAAGUGGAAAGAGAGUUUUGACUAUGGAAUGGUUGGUCGGUGAGAGUCCAACUGAUUUGAUGAUGAUAUCCACCGAGGAUUCUAUUGUUCAUCAAUCAACACAUGGAGAGGGGCGCCAAAGUGAAGCUAAACGCCGUCUGCUUGAUCUGGUUAACAAAGGAGUGCAGGCAUCACUAAUUCAACUCCUUGACACUGGGUUAAUACAUGCUGAUCCACAUCCUGGAAAUUUAAGAUACACAUCAUCAGCACAAAUAGGGUUUCUUGAUUUUGGCUUGCUUUGUCGGAUGAAAAGGAAGCAUCAGUAUGCUAUGCUUGCAUCCAUUGUGCACAUUGUAAAUGGUGAUUGGGGAUCUCUUGUGCUUGAUCUAACUGAAAUGGAUGUUGUUACGCCAGGGACUAAUUUACGCCUUGUCACCAUGGAUUUGGAAGUUGCUUUAGGGGAAGUUGAAUUUAAGGGUGAACUUCCUGACAUCAAGUUUAGUCGGGUUUUGAGUAAAAUAGUGUCUGUAGCAUUCAAGUAUCAUUUCCGCAUGCCACCAUACUUCACCCUCCUGCUUCGUUCUCUUGCGUCAUUAGAAGGAUUGGCGGUGGCUGGAGAUCCAAGUUUCAAAACUUUUGAAGCUGCAUUUCCAUAUGUUGUUCGGAAGCUUCUCUCUGAUAAUUCUGCUGCUACGAGGAAAAUUCUGCAUUCGGUGGUAUUAAACAGAAAGAAAGAAUUUCAAUGGCAGAAGCUAGCUCUUUUCCUAAGAGUGGCAGCGACUAGGAAAGGGCUAAACGCUACCAUGGCACCAAAUCCUCAAGCAUCUCUUGCUUAUUUGAACUCUAUCGUGGCACCAAAUCCUCAAGCAUCUCUUGCUUAUUCUUCUGAUAGAGCUGCUGGUGUAUUUGAUGUUGCAGACUUGGUGUUGAGAAUACUACCAUCUAAAGAUGGUAUUGUACUGAGAAGAUUGCUGAUGACAGCAGAUGAAGCUUCAUUAGUUAGAGCAUUUAUUUCCAGGGAGGCAGAAUUCUUUCGUCAACAUCUUUGCAGAAUUGCUGCUGAUAUACUGUACCAGUGGAUAUUUGAAACAGUUGGAAGUAACGUAAUUAGCUCCCAAGUGCAGCUAACGGGUGCAACCACUGUAAAGCUGGGAUCGUCUUCGGCAGUGUUCUCACCAGACUAUGAUUACAAGUCAACCCUCAGGGAUCGGCGGCUUAGACUGAUUCUCUUCAAGGUCUUAGGUUCUGCAAGAAAAAGUCCAAUACUGAUGAUGAGGUUCUUUUGCUCUUCAUUUCUGAUUUUUGUCAAAGCAUCAGCUUUGGCUUGUCAUCGGUUUUUGGUUUGUCUCUCUAACGCUUACCUGGAUCGUGUAUCACUUGUUCCAAGGAAAGUCGUAGUUGGUGCAUAAAGUUUUGGUUCGGCCACAGGCAAUUGAGUUAUUUAAUACCCUCUUUUACAAGUUAUAUUAAGGAGAUUGCAACAAAUCACAUCUUUUGAAAGAUGAUGAAUACCAGAAUCGAGUAGCCUUGUUCCCAAAAUGGAUCUUCUUCUACUUGCUUGAGCUAAAAUAGAGCGGAGCCCAUGCAGCAACUACUUGAUCUAUAGCUUAACGCGAUCCUCUACCCUUCCUCGAAAUACUCAACAGAUAUCGUGACUUUCACUUUGCAAGUUGUCAGAGGACUACCCUUUGGCUCGCCAUAUGCAUAUGAAUUCUAUGGUUGGCGUUAUAGAAAAUUGUAUAGGACAAGUUGUAUCUCAUUUUGGCAUGUAUAUCCUUCCUCAUUCUAAUCCUCGUUGGUCUGAAAAAUUUGUACAGACUAAGAAAAAGAAGAAGGUUUGUUGUAUAUUCUUGCAUAUUGAGGGACCUUUUAAGGGAAAGUACAAAGUUUCUUAUUCAGAAAA